CGGCGCCCGGGACACACCGUUCUGACCGUAUAAGCUUACUUUUUUUUGGCUGUUCUGACAAAACAGAAAAAUGUCGGAGACUGCUCCAGUUGCUCCAGUCUCUCCUGCACCUGCAGAAAAAACACCUGUCAAGAAAAAGGCGAAAAAAGCGGGUGUAGCUGCUGGAAAGCGCAAAGCGUCCGGGCCUCCGGUGUCGGAGCUCAUCACCAAGGCUGUCGCCGCUUCCAAGGAGCGCAAUGGUGUGUCUUUGGCUGCGCUCAAGAAGGCGCUGGCGGCCGCCGGCUACGACGUGGAGAAGAACAACAGCCGCAUCAAGUUGGGUCUUAAGAGCUUAGUAAGUAAGGGCACUCUGGUGCAGACCAAGGGCACCGGUGCCUCGGGCUCUUUUAAGCUUAACAAGAAGGCGGCCACUGGGGAAGCCAAGCCCAAGGCUAAGAAGGCGGGUGCGGCCAAGCCUAAGAAGGCUGCUGGGGCAGCUAAGAAACCCAAGAAGGCGACGGGCGCGGCCACCCCGAAAAAAAGCGCUAAGAAGACCCCCAAGAAAGUGAAGAAGCCAGUGGCGGCUGCUGGAGCCAAGAAAGUGGCCAAAAGCCCCAAAAAGGCAAAGACGGCCAAACCUAAGAAGGCGGCUAAGAGUCCUGCAAAGGCCAAAACCCCUAAGCCCAAGGUAGCCAAGGCUAAAGCUGCCAAACCCAAGGCUACAAAGACGAAGAAGGCGGUCUCCAAGAAGAAGUAAAGUUGGAGCGGCAAUCCUUGCUUUGAAAAUCUCAAAAGGCUCUUUUCAGAGCCACCCACUAAUUCAGGUAAAAGAGCUUAACCAAGUAUGCCUAGCCAAACAAACCACCAUAAGACAUAAAAAUUUUGAAAUUUGGCGCCAUCGUGUGAUUGGCCGGCUCAGAUUUAGAGCGUCAGGAUGCGCGCGCACUGUUGGGUAUACAGAACAGCUCUGAUGGUCACAGUCCCCUAGUGAGGUUAGUGGCUCUUAAAAGCCUUUAGCUUACAUGGACAAGGGUGAUUGAUGGUAGUCUUAACCCUCCUUUGCCCUUGGCCUUGUGGGUCUCAGUCUUUCUGGGCAGGACGCCGCCCUGAGCAACGGUGACUGCUCAGCAGCUUGUUGAGCUCCUCAUCAUUACGAAUGGCCAGCUGCAGGUGGCGCGGGAUGACGCGGGUCUUGUUUUCGCAGACGGCAUUGCCCGCCGGCUCCAGGAUCUCGGCCGUCAGGUACUCUAGCACCGCCGCCAGAGUAUGAAAUGUCCCAGGUCAGCUAAUAUCUUCAAGGUCUGAAUAGCACAAAACAGAAAUGAAAUGGGACCCUAAUUUUUCAGCGGAGCACAAUUGAGACUGUCUAAAAAUAAACUAGAAGCUGCUGACAAGACAGAAGGAUACAAAAACUCCUAUGUUCAGCUCCUCCCAAGGCCUUGCCUCUCAGAACAAAAGCGAAAUUCCUUUCAGUGGCCAGAAGCCCCUACAUGAUCUGGCUCCCAACUCUCUACCUCCAUCUCCUCCUAAUGUGCCCCACCCACCGGGUACAGCCACCCUGGCAUCUCAACACCCCUCCUCCUCUUUCCACAGACUGCUUCCUCACCUUUCAGCUCUUUGCUGAAAGAACAAUCUUAGCACCGUCUUCACUGGUCACCUCAAAAUUUCAACUCCCCAUGACACGCCAUAUUCUUGCUUUAUUGUUCUUCUCACCAUCUAAUGUGAAGGAAAAGCCCAGUUGGGCUAACAAGCUAAGUCACAAAUCUAAGUGUAACAAGUAUUGGAUUACUGACCUGAGUUCUGCUGGGCUAACUUGUAAAUCUAAAUUAAUAAGUGUCGGUUUGCUGAUUCCCUGUUCAUGUUUUUGCUAGCCAGCUGGAUUUUCAAAGAAACAUAUCUGGCCUUAAAAUGUUGGUUUGCUGCCUCACUGCCUCUACUUUUGUGAUGAUGAUGCUGCUAAAGCUGUUCCAUGCCUAUUGGCCGAAUACCCCAAGCUUGUACUUAACCCUAUAAAACCUCAUGCGCACGUCUUGGAGGUGCUCAGGGCUUAGGAGCAGAAGCCCCUCUGAGCCUGCCGGCAUAAUAAAUCUAAGUACUCCAA